GCGUCAUCCCCAUUCCAUUCCAUUCCAUUCCAGUUUCAGAAUUCCUGGCACCUCGUUCCGUUCGUCCUGAGAUACGCCCCCCUACUCGUGAGCAGGCGGAAAUGAAGCGCCACGCCGAGAAGCCGCUCCUCGUGCUCCUCGUGCUGUCCUGCCUCCUCCUCCUCCUCCUCCCCCUCGCCUCCGCCGUCCCCACGCCAAGAAGCCUGCGCCUGGUGGGGAGGAGCCAGCUGCAGCAGCGCCCGCCGGCUCUGAAGCUCACUUCUGCUCAGGAGACGGCGAUCGCGGCGGCGAUGAACAUGGGCAAGCCUAUGGCGAGGAUGGUCGUGGAGGUGAACGACUACCAACCGUCUGGCCCCAACAACCGCCAUGACCCACCCAAGGGUCCCGGAAGAGCUUGAACAACGGAGCUCAGCUAGACGGACGACCCAAUAAUCCUUCGUCGUCGUCUUUAUUUACCAGUAGUACAAAGUGCUUUUGCUAGUGCUCCUGUGUAUUUCUAGUAGAAAUUAAGCUAGAAACAAAAUUACCUAGCCAUAUAUAUAUAUAUAUAUAUAUAUAUAUUUAUAUAUACAGGCCGCGUGUGUGUGUAUGGCUUUGGAAGCACAUCGGUUGUUUGGAGUUGUGAUUAGGUUGCUGUUCGAUAUCAUCGUCAGAACUGCAUGCAGAUGUAUCGAGUGAUCGAGUCGAUACAGUGCCCCCAGCACAUUGAGAUCGUUCAGCUCUCUGCUCCUC